AAUGCCAUCAAAGUCAAAAAAAUUAACGCGGUAAAAUUAGAUUUUAUAAUGGUCACAUAGUCACAUUUGACUUGAGUUUUUGACCCAUAUACUUAUCAUACUUAUGUAUAUACUAUAUUAUUUAUCUAUGUUUUUGACCAGUGCUUGGUACUUUGUUGAUCUGAGCAUCGUUUCUUCGUUUGGCAUACCCACUGAUACCACGGUUUUUUUUUCUAUUAACCAUCUAUUAACAUAGACCCCAAUUUGUUUUGUCUGGGCUUAUUUUGCUACCUAUUGACCUGUGCCUGGUGGUCUGCUGAGUAUCGUCGUUAUUUCGUUUUGCAUAUUACUGAUACCAUAAUUAGGAAGUUUUUUUUUUAUUAACCAUGUAUUAACAUAGACCCCAAUUUGUUUUAUCUGGAAUUUUAAAAUGAAAGACAGCUACUAUCCUCUGGCAAUUUAUAAGCCACCGAGGAGCCAGUGGAAGUAUGACAAAUUGUCUAAAUUUAUCAAAACAAAAGUAAACGCUAAGUUAUAUGUCUUUAUUAUUUUGAGGAUCAUUACUGAACGAUACAGAAAAAUGUUAGCCAAAUCCUGUGACGCAGAAAAAAGUAUCAUUGAAUUAUUGGAUUGGAUAAUUCCUCAGAAUUAUUUUGGAAGUACGCAGAAUAGGAAAAGGUUUUAUUCCAUAGUCAAUAAGUUAACAAGUCAAAGUCGGGGAGAAUGCGUCUUUAAAUCCAGCUUGAUAGAAGGAUAUGACCUAGGAUGUAUAGACUGGCUCCAGGAAUUUUCCAAAGAGAAGAAGAUACAAAUGUCCCGACUUCUCGAGUACAACAUUUAUCUUUUAGAUAAUAUUGUAAAACCUUUAAUACGGCAUUUUUAUGUUUGUAUUAGGUUAUUGAAAACAUACGAGAUAAAAUUCAUUCCCAGACAGGAAUGGAAUAAGUUUCAGGUUGGCGUAUUUGGGAUAUUAAGAACAGAGAGGUACUUAGUGGGCGGAGAUUUUCAAAAUUCGAGAGGCAGAUUAAUGCUGUUUCCCAAGGGAGAUACUGCAAGUCUCAACUAUAGACCAAUCAUGUACGCCAACGCAAUUACCAAAGAAACCAAAAAGAAAUUCAGACUCCUAUCACGAAAAAUACGUGAUUUAGCCAAAUCAUUUAGUACAGCUUCAUCUUGCAACGUGUUUUCGUUUUGGGAAUCCACUGCGGAUACGUACCAUAACAAAUACUUGUAUGGCAUUAAAAUGGACUUGGAAGAUGCUUACGGUAACGUCGAUACCCAACUGUUGUGCCAAACAAUCGGAGCGAGCAACUUCCCAGACUCAGAAAAAAAGUUUUUGAUUCACCACAUGGAAAAUCAGAACGUUACUUACUCCAAAAAAAUCUUUCAGUGGACUCACGGUCUCCUUCAAGGGGAUCAUCUUUCUGCCGCUCUGUGUAGCCUUUACCUCAGCAUUUUAGAGCAAAAACAUUUACAGUCAUUUAUGACAAGUGAUUUUAGACUACAUCGCAUUGCUGAUGAUUAUUUAUUUUGUUCUCCGAUCCGCGAAACAGCUGAAUUAUUUGAAUUUACGUUUAAACAAUAUUUUCCAGUGAAUGAGUCUAAAAUACAAAGAGCGUUAGAGGAAGAUAGUUGCGAAAUUGUACAUUUUGGACAAGUUUUAAACUUUGAAACGAAAGAAAUGCGCAAAUGUUUUAGUCAAAAUAAAUGUUUGACACAUCAAUUCAAAUUUUGGAGUUUAAAAACAUUCAAGAACCGUAAGCAAAUUAUAGAAGCUAGUGUAAAUUUUCGACUGACUAAUCAUUAUUUUAAACAUUUCAAAUUACAGAUUAAAUAUGAUUUACAGAAUUCUUUAAUAGAAUAUUUUAAAGGUAUGGUUUAUGUGGCAUACAAGUUUGACGUGGCUGUGACAGUUGUUUCUAAAUUUAAAAAAUCAUCAAACGAGAUGCCGUAUUUAGUAGGCAUAAUCAAAAACACUAUCACAGUUCAUGCAAGAAAAGUUUGUAGAUAUUCAAAUAAUAAAAGGGUUACUUUUCAGUUACUGCGUAUGAUCGCCAUUAAAGCUUUUUUGAUCGUUUUAAAAAAGAAUAAACGUUUUUAUACGUCUACAAUUGAUGGUUUAACUAAAAAACGUGUAAUUUAUUUGCAUCUGCCAGAUGAAUGUAAAAAAAUAGCGCCUAUUUUCAAUAAGUUACCGGAAGAGUUUCGAGGCAUAAAAAUGAAAAGAGUACCAAAAAUAUAAGAGCAGGUUUUAUUUAAGUAAGGACGCCAAACAAGGUCACUUGAGGUGUACAAGGUUUUUCAAUGUGCUUCCAGUAAGUUGCUCCAUCGUUUUCGUGGUCUUCCCACUGAUCAUCUUCCUAUUGGGGAACUGUUUCUCGCGAUCUUUACUAUCCUAUUUGUUGUCAUUCUGCUUCGUUCGGCUAUGAUCUUUCCAUUCUACUCUUCUAUUUCUUAACCAGUCCUUAACUUUCUCUACCUUGCAUCUCCGUCGUACAUCUGUACUUAUAGAUCUUUCCCAUAGUUUCUUACUACAGUCGAACCCGCUUAUUAGAGUACCGGUUAUAGGAAUAGCCCGGUUUAUGGAAUAUAAAUUCGAGGUCCCGAAACGUUUCCAUUUACCCUUUAAUAAAUUUAUCCGUUUAUUGGAAUAUGGUUUAGUAACCUAAUACCGCUUUUUAGAAUAAUUUUUUCAGGUCAACAAAUAAAUUUUUACGUACAAUUUCCUAAAAAUUUUAACUUUGCCUGAUAUAAUGGUUUGUCGGUAAGAGCUUCGAAAGCCUGCUGUUUUGUAUAUUAUUACGGUUUGUCAGGUACCUAAUAAACACUUUAUUACUGUGUUAUGAGUAAACGCUCCUUUCUCACAGAAAAUUCAAUCCUAUGCCGACAAGGUCAUAAAAUAAUUUCAUUUGUCUACAAAUUUCUAUAGGUACAUUGACACACACUUGGCUGUUUUUAGAAACAGCAUUUUUCUAUAAGAUUAUUCAUUACCAAUAGUUAAUCGUUUGUUCGGAAGUCUUUUCUAAAACCCAACUCCAAUUUAUUGUCUAAUCGUUUCGUAAUUAUUUUUGUAAGUAGGUAGAUUAUAAAUUUUUAUUGACAUAAAAAGAGCUAAAACCAUAUGCAUAUACAUAUUGACAUAGUAUGUUGACAUAGUAUGUACUAUUAUAACGUAUAUUCGGUACACUUAUUUCAGCUAGCCACCAAUGAUCGGUUAUUAGAAUAUCCCGCUUAUAAGAAUAUUUUUGCUUGGCACGAAGGCUAUUCUAAUAAGCGAGUUCGACUGUAUCAAUUUUUCUAAGGGUUUUUAUCUCUGCUGUUUCUAGCAUUAUUUUUGUUCUCUGUGUCAGGUCAUGUUUCUGCCGCAUACUUCAUUAUUGAUCUGAUGACUUUUUUGUAAAUUCUGCCUUACAUUUCUUUCGCGAUAAUUUUAUUUCUUCAUAUUGUUUCAUUCGUUUGAUCUUCCACUUCUGUUUCGAGCUUUCCGAUGCUAGGUAGUGUGAUGCUUAGAUAUUUAAACUCCAUCACUUGUUAUAUUAUCUGAUCCUACAGCUCUAAUUUAGAUCUUAGUAGAUUUUAUGUUAUAACCUUGCAUUUUAUCUUUUUUGGGGAAAUUAACAUGUUAAAUUUUCUGGCGAUUAUGUUAAAUUGGUCUAGCAUACGUCGUAAACCAUAUUCACUUUGCUAGAUUAGUAUUGUGACGUCUGUAUAGAAUAUUUUUUUGUUUUUCUACCAUUUCGUAUUCUUUUUUUUAUUAUUAUUUCAUCCAGAUCAGUUUGAACAAUAGGACUUUUCAUCGAUUGUCAUUUGUUUCGAGCUUCUGUCAUAUGUUCUAUAAUCUGUGUAUAAUAUUAAUAUACACGGAGUAUACGACAUAUGACAGAAGCUCGAAACAAAUGACUGUGAAUGAAAAGCCCUAUAGAGGACUCAGGGAAUCCCUGUGUUGGAUCAGAUAACUCUUCUUUUACUUUUAUUGUAUUGUUUUGGUCGAUAUUUUUAUGAUCAUUUUGAUUAUUCCUACAUAGAUCUCCUGAUAGUGUCUAUCGUGCGUACAAUAAGUGGAUAAUAUCUUCUUAACGUCCAAGAGACAUAAAUAUGCCGGUUUGUUGUAUUGCCUCACUAUAAAUAUAGCGUCGGUACUUGAUAUACGCGUAUUCAGACUAUGUAUGUAUGUAUAGCGCUAACAGGUCUUUUAGUCCCAUUGCUGGAUGGAUAAUUUCCAUCGGUUUCUGUUCUUUGCUGUCUGCUUCCAAGCUCUGAUGCCCAAUUCACUGAGGUCUUCAAUUUCAAUUACUGCAUCUCUCCAUUUCCUUCUUGGUCUUCCUCUCUUUUUUUUGUCCCCCGGUGCUGUCCUACCAAUAUUCUUGACUUGUCUGCCUUCCUGCAUUCUUUCUAGAUGACCGAGCCAUCCUAGUCUGCGUUUUCUCACUAUUUUUGAUAUCAGCGGGUUAGCAUACAGUUACUACACUUAUUCGUUCGUUUGUCUUCUCCAUUCUCCCUCAACUACUUUUCCACCAAAUAUUCUGUGAAGUAUCUUUCUUUUCCAGGCUUCCAAUCUAUUAUGUACGGUUUUAUCCAUAAUCCACGUCUCUGCCCUGUAUAGCAUUGUAGGUCUAGUUAUUGUUUUGUAUACUUUUAUUUUUGUAUUACGUGAUAUUUCUUUAGCCUUAAUUAUUUUGUUCAUAGCCCCAGCGACCUCUUAGUCAUCCUUAACUAGAUUUCUGUUUCUUCCUUACAUGUCUGAUCGAUAAGUGUACCCAAAUACAAAUAUUCCUCCACCCUCUCAAAUUCUACCUCUGAUUCAUCCUCCACCUGUAACUUAAACUGUCCCAUGCUGCUUCCUUCUUUUUUCCUCGUAAUUUCCAAAUUUCCAUUUACUUGGAUUUAUUGAUAUUCACUUUCAGCCCGACCUUAGCGCUAGCCAGAAACAGUUUUGCCGUACUUGUCAGGUCUUCUUCACUUCGUGCAAUAAGAACCACAUCAUCAGCAUUCGCCAGACAUUGGUGUUCCUUGUAGAAAAGGGUUCCGGACCUAUUUAUCCCACUAUCCCUCGCAACUUUUUCCAGGGCUAUUUGAAUAACAAAGUGGACAAUGGGCCUCCUUGACGAACCUCCCUUUUUACUUAAAAUUCUUUUCAAACUGUACUAUUGUAUUUUACAGCACACAUGGUUUUUCUGUCAUUUUUACUAAUCUUAUUAUUUUUGUUGGUAAUGGGAACUCCUUUAGCGUUUCUAUUACUUUACUUCUGUCUAUUGUAUCGUAAGCAGCCUUGUAAUCAAUAAGCAGUACUUGCGCUGGAAUGUUGUAUUCGUUUCAAUUGAUCAGGGUUUGUUUCAACAUGUUUCCCUUACGAAAUCCUCCCUGAUAUUCUCCUAGGCUCUUUUCCACACCUAGUCGUUUUUUAACUAAUAUCGCAAGCACCUUGUACAUUAUCUGUAACAAGGAUAUUCCUCUAUAGUUUGCGCAUUCAGUUUUAUUUCUCUUUUUGUGUAUGAGCAUCAUAAUGGACUUGUUCUAAUCUUGGGGCAUUUCUUCAGCGUCCCAUAUUUCUACUAUUAGCUUACUAAUUUGUUUUCGUACGGCGGUCUCUCCUCCGUGUUUUAAGUUCUCUGCCAUAAUGCCACUCUCAUCAGGACUUUUGUGAUUUUUCAUAUCUUUAUUAUUUCUUCAAUUUCUUCCUUUGUGGGAUUUGGGAUUUCCUCUCUUCCUAUUUGAGGUUCAAGAACAGUAUAGUUUUCUUCAGUAGUCACUCCGUUAUUUAGCAGCUUCUCGAAAUAUUCUUUCCACCUUUCACAUAUUUGGUUUUCGUUCACUACCAGGUUUCCUUGCUUAUCUCUUACACUCGUGGUUCUUCCCUGGCACCCAGUUGUAGUUGUAGUAGUAGUUGUCAAUAUGCUUUACUUUAUCCUUCCAUAUACUUUCUUUUCCGUGCCCUUAAAAUUUUCUUUACGUUCCUUCGUUGUUCCGCAUAAUUUUCUAUGUCGCUUUGGUUUUGUGAUCGCAGACUUUUUAAUCUCCACUCUGAUCUUUUUUCCAGCUCUGUUUUACGCUUUUCACCGAACCAGUAUUUUUUUAAUUCUUUCAAGAGUUUUUGUUCUAUGUUCUCAGAUAUGAUAUACUAUAACAUUCAGAUUAUAAGCGGUAAUAAUAAACACAACAUAUUACCGUUUCCACUAAACAGACUCGAGUUUGAAAAUACGUGGAAACCCUACAAAACUCAAACUGUUAUCUGUAUUCUUUUAUAUUUUCUAGUUUGAUGAUUUCAGACUAUGAGAUUUUUAGUUGCUAUGAGACAGUGGCGGAUACAAAAAAACUUAAGAGGAGGGGACGCUAAAGAUAUCUUGAGCUACCUUUACUUUUAUCCUAAUAAAAAAAAUAAUCAAGUCACAUGCAAAGUUUAAAAAAGCUUUUAAACUGAAUACACAUUUACAAAACAAUGUCAUCUUAUGAUAUAAAAAGUACUUUUUUGUAUCAGCGCUGUCAGCGCAAAUAAGUCACUGAAAGGAUAUAUUAGUGUUUUUAGUAAAUGUAUUAUUUAUUAUAAUUUUUGUGUCUUUGGAUUUGUCUUCCUCGGGAAUAAGAUAUUUUAUAAUAAUAGUAAGUAUAUUUAAGUAUUUUUGUAUACUUCACUUGGCCUAUUAAAUUUGUCAGUAUGUAUGAGAAAUCUUGUAACCUGUCAAAACAAAGGGAAUAUGAGCAGGGGUAGAGCGUGUGACCGGAGAUCGAGAGGUCCCGGGUUCAAAUCCCGGACGAUUCAUAUUCUUUUUUUUUUAAUUUUUGGUAUAUUUUUAAUAAAAGUUUUUUAAAAAUGGUAGGUAAGAAAGUUAGUUUAAUAUUUAAAUAAAAUACAAAUAACCUGUUAAGUAUAUUUCUUUGAAAUUAUAUAAUAGAAGUAUAACUUCUUACGUGCGUACAAAGUACACACACAUUCUUUUUUUGUGUGCACUAUUGUAUAUACGUAAGUGAGGUUCAAUCAACCUAUUUUUGACCCCAGAAUCUGUGGUAUAAGUUAUAACCAAUCUUUUCGGGACACCCUGUAUAUUGUAUAAUAAUUAUAUUAUAAUUACACGACAAUAUUUUUAAAUGUAUUUUCUUAUGUACAGUCGGAAAAAUGAAAGAUUACCCAUGAACGAUCACAUCAAGCACUUAUUUUGUAUUUGCAGUCUUUUUCUAUAAACAACAAACGUUUGAUAUAGAAAAAGACAGCAAAUACAAAAUAAGUGAUUGAUGUGAUCGUUCAUGGGUAAUCUUUCAUUUUUCCGACUGUAUACGCUCUGAGCUUCGCUGGUGUCGCUCCUAGCGGUUACUAAUUCAACUUUCACCGGUAAUUUUUAAAUUUAUUAUUUAAUUGUUAUCGUAAUUAAAAGCUAUAAUAAAAGCGUAAUAAAAAGUUAUCGUAAAGCUAAAAAGUAAUUAAAUUAUAAUAUAUUUUUUUAAGAUUUUGCUAAUCAUUUUGACGUUCUAUUGAUGAAAUAUUAAUUUCUUACUUCGGAUACUUUCACAAUUAUCAUGUAGAUGGCGCCAAGAUUAAUUUAUAAUUACAUAUUACACAACAUUAAAAAACGCAAUUUAAAACGUAAGUAUAUUUAAGGUAAAAAUAUAAACCACAGCUUUGAUCAACUAAUAUUUUUUAUAAUUAAUGUUUUUAAUUUUAAUUUAAAAUUAAUCACUUUGACAUUUAUGUCAAAUUUCCGGUAAACGUUUACAGACUUGUCACUACUGGCGCUCACGAAUUUAUAAAUAUCCCCUCUACGUACGAGCUCACAGCGUAUAUAAAAUGUAUAUUUAUGUAAUGUAUAUAAAAUAAUAAAAGUAUGUUUAUUUUAUAUUAA